GUCUGCAAGUAAGUGGGGCCCCGUGCCUAACAAGGAUUCCCGAAACGCAUUCCGCGUGUCGUUCUCAGGAACCGCCGGCACCACCUUCUGUCUGUCACCUUGCGUUCGCCUCAUCAAUCUGGCUCCCUGCCAUGACCCAUUGUAUCGACAUACAGACUCCAAGUCGAUGGAAAGUGCGCUCCUCGCCUACGACCCGAACGAAGUGGCAGUAAAGUAGGCGUCCGACCGUUCUUACAGCCUGCACAUCAGAUCCCAGUUCCGCCCCAGAUGCUUCCCUCAGACGAUUGCGAUGAAUGCGUUCCUGACUAUCUGGUCAAGCGGCGCCCAUCCGCGUUGGCGAUCUCUGCCCUUCCUUUCGUCCUGACCUUCAUAAUCGUCGCCGUGGCCGUCUCCCAUAAAUUGUUUCCACUCUUAUCCGGCCGCGCCCAGCAAAAACCCCAUCAUGAAGGAGCUCAUUUGCCUAGUCUCUCGAUGCAAAAACGAAGCCCAUUGUGGAAGCGAAUUACGAUAUCCUCCAGAGCGAUAGCAAGCAUUACGUUCUCCACCAAUAUCGCCCUCUCCGCCGUGCUGGUCGAGCUUAUUCUUUGCGAAAUAUCGAACACGAUCAAUCGUACAACGCGAGCCGCGGCACUUAGGGUUACGUUGCCUUCUCUGAUGUUCCUCUUGGUCGUGGUUACACCGGCUCUUGAAAUACACUCUGUAAUAUCUGGGGCAGGAUGGAGCGUCGGUGGAGCAAACGGUAGACAGCGAAGGAUGGCUUGGAUACUGGAAUUCCUUGGACUCACGCUGUGGUUAACUGCAUUCUGGUACAUGGGAAGGGGACUAUUGGGCCAGUACUUGCAUGAAAAGUCAUAUGUUCGCGACCAUGGAAUCAGCGAAGGGUGUUUGGAGCGGGUUGGGAUAAUUGGAAUCAGUCUGAUGGCCUCCCUGGCUGGAUUUGCGGCCGUCAGUUCCCUUUGGCAGACAUUUGGUGUUAAGUACCGCCCUGUCACGGAGGCGGAUAUUGCCCGUAAACAAGCUGGUCUUGACGCUACCAGGGACAUGCUCUCAAUCAAAGAAAGCCGGCUAAGAGCUUUACAGCGGAAGAUGUCUGAUGCUCCUCAAGAAGGCUUUAUGUCCCGUGUUGUGGGCACGAUCCGGGGUAACCCAGACGUUCAAGAGCGCAACACACUACAGCUAGAAAUCCAAGGCCUAGAAACUAUGCAGAACACAUUGCAGAACUCGCUCUUGGUCUUGCAAAACAGACGCUCAAGUCAACAGCGCUCCCAUACCGUAACUGGCCGCUUCCUCAAUCUUUUCUCUUACAUCUUUGCUCUGUAUUGCUUUUACCGCGUGGCUGCUACUGCCUUAGCGACUGUGCGCCGGUUUUCCUCUCCAACUACCAGCUUCUCGAACAGCGAUCCCAUCAACAAUUUUCUUGCUCUCCUAGCAAAACAUUGGGAUCCAAAUAUCGACCGUGUUGCAUGGAGCCGUACCAUAUCUUUCCUUCUAUCGGGCGUGAUGCUCCUGGCAUCGUUCAACAGCGUGGUUCAGACGUUCAUGCUAUUUGCGAAGGUCCUCCCCAGUGUCCUUCAUCACGCUCGUGCCAACUUUGCGCUGCUCAUAUCGCAAAUAUCUGCAACAUACGUCAUUAGCUCCGCGCUUCUACUUCGCAGCAAUCUGCCGGCAGAGAUGAAGAGUGCCAUUUCAGAUGCGUUGGGUGCCCCUCUCGAGCCCGCGUUCACUGAGAGAUGGUUCGAAGGCUGGUUUCUAGCAGCCAGUGCGCUGACAGUGCUAGGUCUUUGGAUAGGAAAGAGGGUGAAAGGACAGGGAUGGGAUGACGAAGACGAUCUAGGGGAUGGAGAUGUCGAACUGGGAAAGAUGAGUUAGCAUGCCUGGCUCUUUUAUUGCAUUAUUUGGCGCAAUGUAUGCGGUUCUGGUGUUAUUUAACUUGGCUGGCGAUUCUUGAACAAGGAUAUCUGCUUAGAAGAUAUAUUAUAGCGCGAAUCAACAUCGAGCUUUUCACUUCCC